UUUAUUCUUCUCCUUUUUACUAGAUUGCUCAUUCAUUUUCCAUACACAACUGCUUCUUGGCCGAGGGGCGCAAGGCCAAACUAGAAUAACAUCCAGUUGGGUUCCAAUAGCUUUGGUUGUUCUAUGGUGAAUUGAGUAUAUUUAUAGUACUAUGUCACAUAACACAACAAGCUAUGAGUUGUCCUCCAACGUGGAUAAUACUGCAGUGGAGGCACAAAUGGACGUCCUGAUAGAAGGAGUUGUUAACGCUCUGACUGAAACAGAUGAGAAUCCAACAGAAUUACAAUUGCUUGCUUCACGUAUUCACGGUUUAGCUGCCGUGUUGGAAGAAUAUGAAGAACGCUUUAGAGAAACUGCUACAGAUGCCAUAGACAACGAAAGAGAUGACUUUCCCAUCGGAGUUGCUUUAGGAACUCUUUUGGAAUCAGAAGAAAUUAUAUCCGCCGCCAGAAACUGGUUUUCAAGAGUUUCGCUUACUCUAUCAACUCAGAACAACUUGUCUGCUAACUUCAAGAAACAAGUUUUUGGCGCGUGGUCAAGGCUACUCAUUGCUUGUUUGGAAAGUGGUGAGGAAGAAUUUGCAGAUAUGACUAGCGAUGAAUCGGUUUUGAAUGCCUUAUUUGCUUGGUUCAACACUUCAGACAAUAGUGACGAAGAAAGCUUAGCUCUGAGAUCCUGGACAACUGGCCUUCUUGCAUACAUCUCGGAGAUGAUUCCUGAGGUUGCGGAUUCCAUUAUACGAGAAGGUCUAGGAACCACUGCUGUUUCUAGAUUGUUUGCUUUGGUGCUUGGACCUAAUGUUGUUUACGAACUAGAAGGCACUCGAGUCAAUGAUAGUUCUGUUGUUAUCCAGCCAGUUAAUAGGAAAUUGUAUUUUGAGGAAGUUCGAAGAAAGAGUAGUUCAGCCAAUCUCGAUUAUACAGAAAUGGCUAUUGCACGUGAACUUCAAUUUCUCUUACAUCUAUUAGAGUCAAUUGGAGACUAUGAAGAAAUUCUGCCAUAUAUAUUAUCGGAAUUUCGCGGUCUUCAAUGUAUCUUUACAAUAUUAACACAUUGUGAUCCUGCGAUGAAUAUCCAGAUUGUGGAUGAAACGCUUCACAUGGUUUCCUCAUUAUUAGCCCAUAAAGCAUUCGGAAAGCAGUUGGUAGAGAAGUGUGGUAUCGAUGUCUUGCUACGUGUUCCACCUCUUCCAUAUUUACAAUAUGGUUUGUCCAUGUGCUUGUCACAACUUGCCCUUAUUCCUCAGGUGCUUGAAACCAUUUGUCGGCUUUCAGAUGGCGUUGAGAAAUGUACCAAUCUCGUAAAAUUGGGUUUGAGAUUUAUUGAAAGUCAGCAAAAGAGUGUUCGUAAGAAUGCAGCUCAAUUUAUAGCCUCAGCUGUCCAACAUCCUCGCUUUUAUACUCGAUUUAAUAAGUUACAUGGAACGCAAAUACUUUUGGCAGCAAUUCAAUGGCAUGAAGAAAAUUCAGAAAUGAUUAACGAAGUUGAUAUACAAAACGAGUUGGUGGAAUACACUUCAGAAUAUAUUUUACAUGCAUUGAGACAAUUGGUCCGAUCCGAAAUGACUCUCUUGGCUGAAUAUAUCAAGUACGGUUCUUUCAAAGGGAUGGAUUUCUGUGUAGCUUUGGCAUUGGACUCGGAAAGUCUUGCCACUGCGUUUGCUAUCUUAAGGGCCUAUUGUCUACAGAAGAAAAAGCUUCGUCUUUCUGAAAUAUUUACGCAUCAUUACUAUGGAAAGACAAUCGAGAUAAUUGUGGAACAAGAUGGAUUUGCUAUCUUAACAUCACGUAUUUCGGCAGCUCUGAGAUCACAUUCAUCGACAGUAACUCAAUAUGUCUUAGAAAUUUUGGAAGUAUUGACUGUUCCUCUUGUAUAUCAUGAAAAGCUACUUUCUCUUCCCUCUACUUUUAUGGUUGGUGAUAUGGAUGCAGUAGAUGACGAGUCUGCUUACUCUCCCGAAGACGGUGGUGCAUUGGCAUUGAUUGUUAGAGCAGCAGGUCCUCGUUUUCAUCGUGAAUAUCUUGUUGUUGCAGCUUCCUUGAGAGUUAUCUGUAAUCUUGUACAUCCCAAGGGUUGGUGUCCUUCGUCUGAGUAUUUUCUAAAAUAUGGCAUUUCCAAAAGUACUAUUGAAAAUCUUACCGAAGAUGACGGUUUGAAUAUGCAGAGAGAGGCAAUAAGGAAAUCUAAUGGAAUAAGAGUAUUACUGUGGAGACUUCGAGUCCGUGCAGCUCCAGACAAAUCGGACAUGAUUCUCUUUCUAGUCGUACGUGCCUUACAGGGUUUGGCAAGACAGAGAAUGAUCUUACAAGUUUUGAACCAAUUGCAUGUUUCUGAAAUACUGGCAGACAUCGUUCGGCAGAGCACUGCUUCUGGAGGUGCAGGCUCCUUAUUCCAAACAAAAUUCAGAACCGAAGCAUUGGACCUUAGUUCACGUGUGGCUGGUGGUGGUCUUUCCCUUGCACUUGCAGAAGCUUACGACCCAACACUUCGUAGUGUUGCCAGAGCAGCUGCAGUUUCAUCAACUCCAGUUAGUUUUUCUGAACAAGAACUGCUACAACUCAUUCAUGACUUUUUGCGUUCUCGAAAACUUUUCCAAACUGCAUCUUCUCUGAUAGAAGAAGCAAAUAUACAACCUCUUCCUUCUAUUACAGGAGGUUCUCCAAGGACUCCAAGACCUGUUAGUGUGUCUUACAACAACAAGUCUUUCAACACACCCAGUUUCAGGACUCCUACUCGUGAACGUCUUCUGGCAGAGAUUCAGGAACAACAGUCUUCUAGAAAUUCAUUGGAAACCAUCGUUAAGGGAUAUUUAUUAUCACAACAUAGUAAAUGUUUACAUCCUGCAUCUCUUUUACCACCGUUUUCGCUAUUGAAGCCACAUCGAUGUCCAGUUCCUGAAAUGGAAACGACCAGUGCUCCAAGAAACAUUGUAAGAUUAAUGAAACAGCGAGAAGUUUUAUCACAUCAACGUCAAUUUCGAGAUGGAAGAAUGAGAGGUGCAACUAGAAGAGCCAAGAGGUUUGUGUUUUCAAAGUUUCGAUCAAGGAGAACCUAUAAAUUUGCAUCUUCUCAAACACCUGUAUUUCAUCCUGCUGAAAAGAACAUUUCAUGCGUUUGCUUUUUGGAUAAGGAGGAUUGCUCUCCUUUGGAUAAUUUUGGUGGACUACUUGUUUGUUCACUCUCAGGGGCAGUUAGGCGUUAUGGCAUAUAUCCCAUGUUACAUUCAAUAGAUAAUUACGAAGAGUGGAGACUGCUUCAAGAUAAUGAUCUGUUUUUAUGGAGCAUUACACGUUCAUUUGAUAGCAAACAAUUGCUUUUAGGUUGUAGUGAUAGUCAUCGAAAGCGACAGUUUGGUAACAGUGGAAAACUAUGUUUAUGGCAAACAGAUAACUUGUCAGGAAUGAUGCCUAAUCGGGAGUUUCAGCAUGAUGAGUAUGCACCUCAAUAUGGGAUCUUUUCAAAGAAUUCGGAGAAGAUACUAGCAGCAGGUCCACUUGGUUCUUUAUUAUAUCAUACAGAAUCAGGAGAAGUAUUGCACAAGUUUCGAAAUCCGCCAGAUAUAGAGAGAACUGCAGCAUUGAGGAAUCGUCCUUGUUGGUCACCCAACGAGUCGUUGAUACUUAGUGCAGGUGCAUUAUGGGAUAGUAGACGGGCUAGAAUGGUUCAUCGUUUUGAAAGCUUGGGCACUGUAAGUAAUGCAUGUUUCCAUCCUUCUGGACUGGAAGUCAUCAUCGGCUCUGAAAUGUGGGAUUUAAGAACCUUCAAGUUACUUCGAUCUGUCCCAGCUCUCGGACUGGUGGACUUGCAGUUUACUUCAUGUGGGGAGUUAGCGUUUGGUAUUCCAACCAGAUAUUCCAAUAGUAUGCGCGACUUGUGUAAUCGAGAAAAUCUUCGCCCCACAGCUUUUACAGUGUUUGAUGCUUGUGACUAUAGUGAAAUCUCUUCUGUUGAUUUGGGUUGUAAUGUUUGGGAUUUGCAAUUGGAUAACUUUGAUUCUUAUGCAGCCGUUUGUGUCUCUGAUUAUCGUUUGGAUGAAAUGGAAUCAGAGUCAUUUGUGCGAUUGUUUGAAAUCGGUGCUGGUCGAAAGAGUGCAUUUAGUCUUUAUCUGAAUGAGGAAGAGGAAGAAGAAGAAAAGGAAGAAGAAGCAAGUGAAAUGGGCACUGAUUAUGAUAUGAGUAGUGACUCUAACGAAAGUAGCCUAAUGAGUUAUGAGGAAGAUGAUGAAGAUGAGGAUGAAGAUGAUGGAAGUUCGGGUGACGAGGAACAAGUCUUUGAGGUUCCUAUGUUUGAUUUAGUGGUUGAUGAUGAAAUGAUGGAAAGCGAUUCUGAUGAUGAUGAUGACGACUUUUCGACAGACGAAACAAGACAGCAUGAAAAUGGCCAACGUUUUGGUUACUUUUACUAGGAAGCCAUGACCUAUUUCUUUGUUGAGUCCAAUAAAGUCAUACAUAAUACGCGGUCUUCAUAAUGUCC